GCUGAUUGUUGUUUACGUUCUGGAGUCAGAGAGUCUUGGCUCCCGUCUCAUCUAUUUUUCGUCCUGUACCAAGUGGUGGCAAGCUGUAUGUGCAUCGCCUUCACCCAAGCAUCAGUCUGGCAAGCAGCAGAGGAAUUAUUGAGUGUUGGCAAGACAAUUUAGAAGCAGAUGUAUUACCAACCACCAAAGCUGCACCAAAGUAGAGAGACCAGCAUGAUGGGAUACUGAAGUUUGUGGACUGGAAAAGCAUCUACAAUUCUUUAGAAACUGUGAUGAUUGGUGUGGUGGUGGUGGGGUGAGAUGCGGCUGAUGCGGUCGGUGGUGGGCGGGUGUGUGUUUGUGGUGGCCAGUGUGGUGCUCCUCUCCACCCUUACCUCCACCCCACCCACUGGGCCCGCCAUUCAUUCCAUUGUCGCACACAACCUCAAGGAAGAGCUGGAGGGGAGUAUGACUUGUGACGAGGAGGACCUGGAGAGGCUUGGCUUUGUGGAUGGGCCUCAGCUGUAUCCCCACCAUGCUUGGGACAACCUCUCUACCCCAGUGCUGGCCUCUGCUGUGCGGAGUGGACAGGUUUGGCAGGCGGAGGGCUUGGCAGGCCUGGCUCAGCUGCUCCUGCCAAACCUGACUCUUGUUGUGUAUGGCCUUGACUUGCCUGCACAUGAAAUGCAGCAGCUGGAGGAGGUCUGCAACACCUCCUGUGUGGUGGUGCCCUUUGACUUCUCCCUCUACCCGUCACAUGUGCGGGACCACCACCUCAGGGCGUACCGGCCGAUCAUCAUUCAGGAGCUGCUGAUGCGGGCUGGGGCAGUGUUUUGGCUGGACGCUGGAGUGCGGCUGGCUGGAAGUGAAGAGGGCAGCAUGGCAGGAGAGGAAGUGGAGAGGCUGGCUGAAGAGUGGAGCAGCCAGGCACUGAGGAGUGGAGGGGUGCUGGCCUGGCCCCUCACAGACCCUCCCCAGUUACCCUCCGCUGCUCUCACUCACCCCAACAUGUUUACUUUCUUUCACACUAAGAAGCACAACUAUGACUUCCAGCAGAUGGGCGACGCGGGCACCCUGCUGCUGUACAACACUGAGGGCGUCCACCGACACCUGAUGCGGCCCUGGGUGUCCUGUGCUCUCACACACAACUGCAUCAGUCCCAUCGGAGCUCAGGACACAGGCUGCAGGUACGACAAGAAGCCUCUGUUCCGCUACUCAGGCUGCCACCACUAUGAUGCCUCAGCCUUCAACGUGGCCCUGGGCGUCAUGUUCUCCUAUGACACUCGGCCAUACCUCGCCUCAUCCUCUCCCUUUGUGCGUGUGAGCAAGCCCCAGCCAGAUUCAGACACUUCCCUAGCUGGCCGAGGGGAUGAAGACGAGGCCACCAAUACUUCCUCCUUGCGUGACACUCUUAGCAGGAGGCCACUGGGCGUUGGAAGGAAGACAGACCGGACCCUGCGAGGUUUGGAGAUGGUGCACAGGGCAACACGAAGCAACAGCACAAGUAGGGCAGGUAUUAAGAGGCUAGGUGAGAGGGAGAGGGAGAAGGAGAGGGAAAGCCACAGCAAGCACAUAGUUGCCAUAAACACUACAAGUAGGAGAGGAAGUGAUGAGGGAAGUAGAAGGAUUUAUUGACCUCAGCCUCCUAAUGUUAAGAUGUCAUGUAUUGUCCCUUUUGUUGUUUUCCUCUAGGACCUGUGACUGCAUGUGUUGUUACUGUCACUGCUGCUGUUGCUGCUACUGCUGUCAUUGUUGCUGUGGGGCGCAAACAUCGAAUUAGCUUAUCUGUGGCUGGGCAGACAUUUCCUCCCCCCUACUUCCCUUCAUGAGUCCAGUGCAGAAAGGAAGGGAGGCUUGGCUUUACAGGGGAAGGAAGAGAAGGGCUGAGGCUCUUACGCAAGAUGUUAUAUGCCACAUGCUAAGACAGUCUAGCAAAGUUGUGUGUGUGUGUGUGUGUUUGUGUGUUUGUCUGAAUGUGUGUUUAUGAGUGAAUGAAGUGAAAUGAAAGGAAGGUGCUGUGCUUUGGUGCUUUUGUUUUCUUCUUUUUGGUGAUGACAAGGAAGUGAUGAACCAAGCACAUGCUACAUUCAGGAGAGGAUCAGUAAUCACUUUUCCUUCAGGACUUGCCAGUUAUAGUAUUACAUGUAUUAUGAUUAUAUAUACUACUUUUUAUUUUCUCUCUUUUGCUUGUCUUGUUUUCAGGUGUAUUUAAAUGUUGAGACAUACAAUUAUCUCUCUCUCUCUCUCUCUCUCUCUCUCUCUCUCUCUCUCUCUCUCUCUCUCUCUCUCUCUCUCUCUCUCUCUCUCUCUCUCUCUCUCUCUCUCUCUCUCUCUCUCUCUCUCAACCAUGUAUAUAGACUUCAAUCCUUAAAAACCAAAGACAAAUAUAGUCCAAGCAAGUGUAUGUGUGUAUGUGUAUAUGAAGAUAAAGUAAUGGAAGUGAAUAGCAAAAAAGUGUUUGUGUGAUGCAAAUUUUUCACUCUGACAACUUAGCUUUGAUCUCUCUGUUAUUUGAUGCAUGUGCUGAUGACUGACCAGUGGGUGUUUAUUUUAUUCUUUGUCUGUUAGUGGGUUGUGCAGAGACAGUGACUUGAUAGGACGGUCCAGGGAAAGGUUGAUGGGUAAAGUGAAAUGAUGGCAGUCAUGGUGAUGGCUUGAGGGAAAAAUUAAGUGAGAGAGGAUGGAUAAUGGAGGAGAUAGGGAUGGCUUGAAGGAAAAAUGAGGUGAGAGAAUAAUUAAUAGCUGAAAUGAUGGCUAUGAAGUGGUGAAGGGUAGAGUUGGUGAUGGCUUAAAGGGAAAUUGAAGUGAGAGAAUGAAUGACAACUGAAAUGAAAGAGAGAAAAGUGAUAGGAAAGUAAGGGAUGUGGUAGUAAACAGUAUGAAAUAAUAUCUGUCUAGUCCUAGUGAAAACUUCCUCAGAGAAAGGGGGUGUAUGAAGUGUAGGAGAAAAGUGAAGGAGGUGGUGAAUGCUGUAAAGAGCCAUCCCCUAAUGUGCUGUGAGGUGAAUGCUGCAGGAGUUUUGUCGUCCAUUAGUAGAAUGACAUUAUAGUUGUGAUUGUGUGAUUGAUUUAAGGCACUACAACAGAAGGAGUAGAUGACAUCAAAAAGAGUUGUGAGGCACCUAGUGCUCGGAAAGGUUGUGAGGAACACCAGGUUAGACUGCUUGCUUAAAAGUGUGACCAGUUAUAUUGUAGAAAUAAUGCUUCAAGAAAGAGUUUGCAGUUUGAAUGUUUGAGUGUGCAUAGUCAUGUUUGCUGACUUGUAUAGUAUUGAAAGUAAUACAUCAAAAUGAGUUUGUAGUCUGAGUAUUUGGAUGAAGUGUGAAAAGUUACAUUGCUGAUGAGUGGUAUAGGAAACAAUGCAUAAAGAAAGCAUUUGCAGUCAGUGGCAGAUCCAGGAUCAAAAUAUUGUGGGGGGCAGAGUACCUGAAUUCCUGUACCCCAUGAGAUUAGUGAUGAGCUUUAUCAGCUCAGUGAUUUGGGAAAUUUUUUAAAAAUUGGCAGUCUUGAGGGCAUUUUUAAGCUAUAUGCAGAGCUAUUUUUAUGUAAUGUUAUUUUCAUGUAAUGAUAAGCAAAAAUUUUGGAAUGGUUUCAGCCCCCUCAGUCCCCUUCCUGGAUUGGCACUGUUUGUAAUUUGCAUGUAUGUGUAAGGGUUUUGUGAAAUACGGAUUUGACUUGGCAUAUGAGUGAGUUAGUGUAUAUUGAAGUAUGUAUUGAAUAUAACCAACAGCCAUUUAUGCUGUAAGAAGUCAUUAAUAAGCAACUGCAGAGAGUUGUAGAAUCUGUUUAAGUUUGUAUGAGCUACUGGAUAUGAGUAUGCCUCUGACUUGGCAAACAUAAGAAGCUACGAGCAUGAAAACUAUCUUGCUAUAAAAUAUUAAGGACAAGACCAGAAAAGAAGAGGAUGGUGUGUGCCACAGUGAGGUGCAUGAAAGUAAAAACUGUUUAUAUGUGAGGUUGUGGAUGUAUCAGAUAAGACAGCAUAAAAAGUAACAAGUAACAGUGCUGUAGAGGUUGGAACAGUGCUGUAGGGAUGCUAUGCAAGAGUUGACAUGCUGGAUGUUGAUAUGUGCUGUACAUUAUAGCCACAGCAAUUUCUUAUUGAACUUCACUGCAGGAUAAGCCAUCUUGUAAAUAUGUAUACAUAAGGCUGUGAGGAAGCUAUAGGUGGUUGUGUUAAGGUGCAUAUGGUGAAUAGGGGCCAAGUUAACAAAUUGAAGAUGGUGCCAAGAUGAAGUUACCUACUCUCACAUUAUGAGAAAUAAAGUUGUAGGAAUAAGUAUGGUAAAUUAACUGGACUUAAACACUGCACUUUAGGUAGUGGUUCUGUAUGAGACAACAAAGUCUUCUGCUGUCACAUUGUACAGGAUGAGGCUAUAGGUAUAAGCUUGUUAUUUUAAUAGCAGAGUUUAAAGGCUAAGAUAGAUGAAAGGGAUUUGAAAAGGAAAAAAUAGCAUGACAUAAGUAAAAAAAAAGUUGGUUGGGAUGUUCCCUUAAAAGAAACAAAAGUUAAUGAGGAUGGAAAAUAAAGUAUUUAUACCAUGAGAAUGAAUAAGAUGCCAAAGCAGAGUUGCAUUGUAAAAUUUUGUAGAGUUUAGUUUGCAAUUUUCCAAAGAAGUACUUAGGAAAAUAUGUUAUAGUUUGCUUACAUUAGUUGUUAAAAAAGAAAAAAAAGUCAGAAAAAUACAUUUAAGUUAAAGAUCUGAUCUCAGGCAUGGGAAUGUGAUAGUUUGGUUACAUUAAAUCUAAAGAAAAAAUAAAGCUAAGCGUUCCAAACAAAAAUCAAACCAAGUAUUUCAAAGAUAGAUCAGUCAGAGUUGAGAGAUAAAUGGAGGUUUGUUAAGGUGAUGCUAGUGAUGUAGAUGGAUGUGCUCAGAUCAUGAGGCUUGAGUGUGGUGUGGAUAUGGGAGUAACAAGACAAGACAUGGAUAAUUAUUCCUACAUUACAGUGUGGUUCAAAACUUGAUGUGUUUAUGCAACUGUGAACCUACCAUGAAUUUGAAAAGUCAUGGAAUAGUUUCAAAUAACCUCCUUUUCAAGUUACUGUAUGGUUUUGUUUAUUUGAUGCACAUGUAUAUACUUAGGAAUAUCAUGUAUCACAUCCUUUUUUUUUUUUUUUUCUUUUUCUUUCACGCCAUGAUAUACAUACAAUAAUGGUUAGUAUGGCAUCAGUUAAUUUGCUGCAUUAACUUUUGCUGUGUUUAUUAAUUUUAUUCUUUAUUUAUUCAUUAUUAUUAUUAUUAUUAUUAUUAUUAUUAUUAUUAUUAUUAUUUUAUUUUAUUUUAUUUUAUUUAUUUAUUUUUAUUUAUUUAUUUUUUUUUCCCUGCAUAAUAUACAUACUAUAAUGGUCAGUAUAGCAUAAAUUAGUUUGCUGCAUUCACUCUUAAUGUGUUUAAUGUUUUGGUGGUAUCUCCUCCCUACUCCCACCUCCCUUGUACUUUUUGCCUUCUUAAUAUUCUUAUGCUCAUAGUCAUUUUCCUUGGAGCAUAUCUUUAUUUAAUCUUAUUUUCUCUUGCAUCAUAGUGGCCCCUUCCUGUGUUACUGCUUCUACUCUUAUACUUGUGGCCUUAGAAGGUUUUUCCUCGUUAUUAGCUUUUUACUGCAAAAGUACCCAACUGUUACAGCUUUAACUUCACUACAAAAUCUUACCAAGCAUCUAUAGGAGAGGGGAAAAAAGGAAGGAUAUCUUUCACUGUCAUUGCAGAACAAAAAAGUUUCUCAGAGGAUUAAAAAGUUAAAAAAUGGAUUAUAAUGGUAGAUUCUAAAUGGUCUUGCAGGUAAAAUAUUAAAAAAUGUGGCUUUGAGACAAAAAACACAAUUUUUUAAGGGAUUAGAAAUGGAUAAGUGAUCACAUAGAGGCAAUUGCUAGUUUCUCCAGUAUCUAGUGAGUAAAAUGUUGACAUAUGGCUGCAAAACAAAAAUUCACAUUUUUUGAUUAAAGGGUGAAGUGUCAAGUAGUAGUGAAAGAUAUUUGUUAGUUAUGUGGUUUUGUGAGCAAUGUUAGUAGUUUAGAGGAUUUAAAGCUGCUUUGUGCUUAAAAAGGUGAAGCUCUCACAUCCAUCGAUAAUCUGUUAGCUGUGUGGUUCUGUUUGGACAUUGUCAGCAGAUCAGAGCACUGAAGAUUGAUGGAAAGCCCUAAAUACAGUAGGAGUGUAACAGAUUAAGUCCUCAGAUCUGUUAGUAAUCUGGUAGCUGUGAGGAUUUGUGAGAUCACUGUCAGCUGAUCAGCAGACUUGAGAAGAUGAAGGUGAAAGUGAGUGUAGUAGAUCAAUGUACAUCUGACCACAACUUUAUUAUGUAGUAAGAAGGUGAUGUGAUUCUUAACAUUAGUUAUUAUGCACUGCUAGUCAUUUAUUUUCUAUAUUUUUUGGGGGGUGGGGGGAUGUGGGUCAGUUAAAGUGGACAAAUCCAAAACUGGGAAAAUAAUGUUAGAUAUCCAAAGAGAAGAAAAGAUAGAAUUUGUCACAUAACAAGUAGAAGGUUGUCCUAAUCUUUCAUGACAUGUGUGAAAUAAGUUUAUGAGGUCAGUAGAAGAGAAAAAGGUGUUAUAAUGGCUAUGAUUUAGAGAGGCAAUAUUCUUCACUACAUUGGCAGCUUUUCAUAUGGUAAUUUUACUUUAAUUUUAUGCAAAAACACAAAUUAGAGAAUUUUAAUUAAUGAAAACAAAAUCUGGACUUUUUCCUUAAUUGCUAUGAAGAUAGUGCUGGACUUCUCUUCCUUACUUAGUAAACCAAGGCAGACACUAAAGUUAUCUUUGAAGCUACAGUUCUUGAUGGUUAGGGUGUGUCUGGUGAUGUUCGUCAUACUUGUGUAUUAGUGAUUUAGUCUCCAGAUGAGGUUCCUCUGCAAAAAUUUCCCUUCAGAUCUCUUUCUCAUAGUUUCUAUAAUGCUCCGAGGAGGGCCAUAUAUAUUUUUUCCCUUUUUAUUUAGUUUUAUUGAAAUUAGAUUUUUAUUUGUUUAUUUAUAUAUUUAUUUAUUAUUUUUUUUAUUUAUUUAUUUAUUUUUUUUUUUAUUUAUUUGUUUUUUUUUUUUUAUUUAUUUUUUUUUUUUUAUGUUAUGGCCUAUAGCAGCUGUAGGCACACUCGAAGAGUAUGUGGGAAGCGCUGUUCAGCUUCCACCCAUUAGUGGCGCAGGCAAUUUUAUUUAUAGUGGUACCCAUAUUAGGGCCCAUAUCACCACCCAAGUGCAUCUUGGGUGUAACCACCUAGAACCUGGGUAUCAUGGUGAUAUGUAGGUAACUUUAAACCACUUGACAAAUGGCAAAGUGUUUAAGGCUGUACUUGGUGGGAUUCGAAACUAUGCCAACGCCUCUCAAUGCAUGACAAAGAAAUACUAAAUCUUUUAAAUUGACUUUAGUAUAUAUAUGAUAUUCCAGAAGACAAUUUUUUUUUGUGUUUUGUGGUAUAAAGGAUAAGAGAAAC